AUGUGAUCUACCCGGUUGGUAUCUCUGCUGUGCAGUGAAGUUUUUGCUUUUUCAAGAUUCAAAGGCUCUUAUUAAGGGAAGUUGUCUUUUACGCAAAACUCCUCCGAACAUUGUGGUGUGAGUGAUGGGAAAUUUCACCACCGAUUGCCCGAACGGAUCUCUCUUUGUCUGGAAUAUACUGAAAGAGUGCACCGAAGAUGGCAGAGAUUUGGCGAGUGUUGUUUUGGGCUUGUUCUCCGUCUUGUGUUUCAUGAUGGCUGCUUUCCCGCAAUGUUAUAGUUCUUAUCUGAAAGGAAAUAUGGACCAAGCUGUGUCAAUCUGGUUCCUGGUGGGUUGGCUCGCUGGUGACUCAUGCAAUGCAAUUGGUGCUUUCCUAGCUCAGCAAUUGCCAAUACAGAUUUACACUGCUGUAUAUUAUGUUGUGGUGGAUGUGAUAAUGAUCUCACUAUAUAUUUAUUAUGCAAUAAAGAACAGGUCCAGAUCAGAUGGAACUGUAAUCAAUGCCAUUGUUGUAUUUGUGAUGUUUGGAGCGACAGUCUCCUUGUUCCCAGGAAACCAUUUAGGGUCUCCAGUUCAGGACGUACCAAAGUUUACUAGACGUUCUCUUUUGGCUUUUCCACACUACUUUGCAAACCAGGAAUUUACUACUCAAGAAAUCAUCGGAUUUACAGUUGGUUCCUUCUCAUCUGUGUUUUACUUGACAUCUAGGUUACCACAGCUCUGCAGAAAUUGGAAAAGGAAAUCUACAGAAGGCAUCUCCCCUUUCCUCUUCACCCUGAUGAUUGUGGGGAAUCUAACAUAUGGUCUGAGUGUACUGCUGAAAGAGCCAAGACAAGGGCAAAGCGAGGGCAACUAUGUUGUGCACCAUCUUCCUUGGUUGAUCGGUAGUUUGGGAACCAUGGGACUUGACGUGGCAAUUUUGUUUCAGUUCUUCAUCUAUCAAGAGCAAAAAUCUGAUGAAAGUAGACCAUUGAUUAAUUCAAGUGGACAUCGAGCUCUUUAGCAGUGAGGCAGUACUGUCCAGUAACUGUAACCGCUGUACAGGAAAACCUGGUUUAUUUUUUAAAAGCGUUUUUGAAGCUAGACCUGCCCAGGCCUUUGCCGAAUUUCAUGCUAUUAUUGUAAAGAAAUUGAGAAAAAUUCUGCAACUAAAAAUCACUAGGGAGGACUCCACUGUAAGAACAAUCCUUUUUGUGCAUCAUUACGUUUGCCACUGUGACUGAAGAUAAAUGUUUAUUUAGUGCCUGAUACUUUUGACCUUGGAAAUCAAUCAACACACAAAAGCCAUUGCCAGAAAUGCGAGGGUGAAGCAGGUGCCAAAUGCAUCUGAUCAAACCAUCUCAAUCCUUACUCAGGACCAGUGGUUUUGAAUUGGCUUUGUGCAACUGCAUCAGGUCAUUCCUCAUUCCUUCCAUGUGUGAGGAAAGCCAUUAUUGGUCUGUUGGGGACAAGCUGCUUCUAAACUAAUCCAAUCAGUGAUGUGUGUGUGUGUGUGGCUCUUAAGAGUAACUGGAAAUCUCACAUCUCACAUCCCACUUUGAACAAUGUUGCAUUCAAAAUGGCUCUAAUUAUUAUCUGUUUCAAUCCAGAAAAGCCAUAGCAACUCUGGAUAGCAAAAAGAGCUGUCGUAACAAUGGACAUCACUGCUUGAUACAGUUUACAUUUUCGAAUUUUAUCAAAUCCGGAACACUAAAUAUAAAGGGCCACAAUAUACAAGAAGUGGUUUCAAUCUGAAAGUGUAUUGCUCUCUGAUAUUAUACUCAACCUUUGAUUUGAUUCCCAUCCUGUACGGAUUUCACUACCUCCUUCCCAGGAUGGGGAGGAAAUGGACCAUGCCUCUGAUUGCUAUCCAAUGACUCCAACGGCUGAGUGUCUGUAGACUUUGAACAUGAGUACGACGGUUGGUGAAUAAUCUGGUGCUUGCUGCCCAGGAUCCCAACUGGAAAAGACCAGUUGAGCAAGGCAGCAACAAGUGCAGAUCUGUGACCCAGCAGGGAUUCGAUGUCCAGGAGGGGGAGGGAGAAAUGGGAACCCAGGUUUCUGCGGCUUGGGUUUUUUUUUCCCCAACCUCAGGAGUCCAAUUCAGAGGAAAUCAGGCACUAAAUGCUAGGGUGUAGCUUAUAUGCUGUUCUUCAGACCUGUCUCACACCCAAGCAGUGUGGGGGCUGAUCUAGCGUGUUCAUAUUUGCCCAAUUAAAGGAGGCCAACUAGAGUUUUUCAGCCUACCUUCAGGUGUCAGGAGCUAGUAUAGUUGCUGGUCGCAGACUGGUUUUACAGUUCCAACAUGUGGAAUGGCCACAGAUCACUUUAUAGAGGUGCCUGGCACAAAAGCCAUUUCUAAACUAAACAUUAGCUCCAACCUCAUCCACUCAUCACUGUCACGCUGGAAAAAAUCAGCGUGUUUCCUCAUGGCGCCAACUUCAAAUCUGCUGUUGAAUCAAACAGUAGGAUUCAGAAGCCUUCACCAUCUCUGCUGUGGGCUGCUUGUAAGUACAGCUGCAGUUUGAAAUUGAUGGCAUGAAUUGGAACCAAAAUACACGACUGUGUAUAUAGGGCAUUCGUAACUGAGUCAUUGAGAUUUUAUUCUUAGGUUUGAGGGAUGUGGUUGUAAUUUUUUUUUAAAUUACCAGGAUUCUGAAAUUUUGAUUUUCAACCAUUAGGGUCCAUUUUAGAACGUGAAAGAUUUUUGUCUCCUGAAGGUUUAGGGAGCAGCAAGGCUUAGUUAUGCCAAGAGUUGAAUUUUAAUGUGUUAGUGGUUUGAACAGUAUUCCAUUGAUCGAAUCCAACAGUUCUGAAUUCCCUGUCUUAAGCACGCUUGCUGUAUCUUCCCUAUAUUGAAAUCCAGAUUCAAAUAAUUAUCUAUUUUUAACCUAGUUUUCAGUCGGAUCUGUGACUUCCUUCCUUUCCUCCUACAUUUAGGCAAACUUUAACAGAGAAACAGAAAUCUGAUAUAGUCUCUUGAACUUUUCUCUCUUACCCUUUUACAAUAUUCUCUUCCACCUUGUCAUUGUUUACAAAAUUAAGAAUGAUUUUACAUGGUAUCACAGUUGAUCACUUUGCACUUUAUAUAAACAAAUUGUGUCAAAGUUUACUAAGUUUCUCAUUCGAUCCAAAGGUAUAACUAAACAUUUUUAUUUUUGUUGCUUUGUUUUUUAAAAGAAGGGCUUCUGGUUUUUAUCCACUCUUUGUAACUGUUUGCUAUUUUGAGAAUGACUUGUAUAUGCUGGAUAACAAAGCAUAUCCAGUUUUCUACCUGGUUGAGUUGUGUAGCCAGCUGCACUCACUACCUCUCUCCUGGCUCUGCACAAAUUGAGAGAAAUUUGACCACCAGUUUUAAAUAAUUUGAAUUUGGGAUCUGAUUGAUCCACCUGAACAACAAUUUUAAAUGUUUUGCUUCAUAGUUAACAAUUGUAUAUCUGUCCUGAGCUGGUUCCAUAUUCUUUAAUUUGUUGCAUAACAAAACCUUGUCAAUUUUGGAUUUGAUUUGAAAGUAGAUAUCAUUUAUUCAAAGCAGCUUACCAGCUUUUUUGAGGGGUAGGGUGGGGGUAGAAAUGAUGGUUGUUGAUAAUGGAAAGUAAGUUCCAGGUUUAUACUAAUGCCUUCGAGGUAAGAACUCUAAGAAUUUUGCAAACCAUGAAGGGAAACAAUCCAACCACUUGAGAAGGUUGCUUAAGACUAGAAGUUAGGCCUAAGAUGAACUGUUAUAAACAACAUCAGGUAAAUUUUAUGAAGUAUUACAGCCAAAAAGCAUUAUCUUGUAGUUAGGGAUUUAAGCUGAAAUCUGUGCCUCAACUGCUGGCCUUUAGAGCAUGGGAGUCACUAGGACUAUAAAUGGUUGAGUAAUGUGUAGAUUCUGGCCAGAAGGAUUAUUGACAUUCACACAAUUCAAAGAAAGAACAGAAUUUUGUGGAAAUGUACAGCAAAUCUGUGUCUGAAAUGGGGAAGGCAGCUUAAUGUUACCCAGGAGACCCACUGGGAGUUCCCACUUUAGGUGUUAACCUCGUUUUGAUCACGACUUUGUUGCCAGAACAAUGUUGAGAGAUAUCUGGGAUACAUAAGUUGUAGGAAUGAGCCCUUCUCACUUUAGCAGCCAGUCUUUGCUUGUUCAAAUUAACUGAUAUGUCUUGGACAUCUGAUUUUGGAGGGAACUUCAUUUUUCAAAUAAAUGGUGCUAUUGUAAAUCACUAAAUUUUAGGAUAACUGUUUCAUGAAUUAUUAUUGUAUUACAUUUUUUAAAUCUGACUAGAAACUGCUAAUUUAUGAUUUAGUUAGAUUUUUGGUUUCACAAUGUUUGAGUCUUUGCAUGUUGAACUGUUUUUGUUUCUUCCAGAAUUCAAGGUUACUAUAAUAUAACUGCUGUUUUAUCUGAUACAUACUAAAACGGUUUCUGGGUAUACAUUUUUUUGUUCAGCCUUUUUAUAUUUGGGUUUUGUUUCUUCUUGAAUAUGUUUUGUGUUUUAAAUAGGAGUGAAUGUUACUGAGUGACUCAAGAUAAAUCACGUUGUUUGCAAACUGGAAACCAUUUUUGAUAAAGCAAAUAACAUUUAUACUUCCAAUUGUCAAAUGCUUUUUUUAAAAGGGAAAGGAAAAGCAGCUUGGCCAUGUCAUUGAUAGAGGAAGCUCUUCAUAGAAUUCUGCAGCAAAAGCAGGAGGUUUUCAGCCCAUCAUGAAGUGCCAGUGCUUUGAGGAUGUCAUCCAGUUUUUUUGCCC